AGAAUACGAAAUCAAUUCAAAUUUCAAAUUUUAUUUCAAUAAUCCUAUCCAAGAGUAUCUAGGAAACCAUUAGUACCAGAAAAUUGUUGUUUUAUUUCGUCCCACAUUUUUUUAUAACAUGCCUAUAUUUAUGAUGUGGAUGUAUUAACAUCCAUAUUUCUGGUCUACUCAGUAUUUCACUAAUGAAUUGUUCCACAUCCAUUAUAUUUUAUUAGCUCAACGCGCGGUAAAAACAAAAUGAUUUGUUUCGGUCGCGCGAUGCCUCAAUGCGUCCACCGACACCGCCGCGCGCGCCGCUCUGAACUGUGGCCGCCUCCAUAUUGUCUAGUACAUUUGUUUCACUCGCACAUCGUGCAGCUCGUCACCGCCAGAUGUCACGCGCCUCUCACCGCGCCUCGCAACGCACCGCAAAACGCACCGCCAGUAGCUGUGGCAUACUUCAUAGGUUGUCUACCAUUUGUUUUUGCCGCUCCCGCUUGCCGCGCCUCACGACGCACCGCAAUUCGCACCGCUCUCGGCUGUGGCCAAGGGCGUGUGUGACGUAACUCUAUAAAAGAGUGCGCGGUGAAGACGCCGCCGCUAUACCGUUUCCGCUCGUCAGGCUGGGCCAUAACGUCCCGACCACCGGCAAACAAAGACGCGAGCGGAACCUCUUCCGCUAAGAGCCCACGAACUCAACAAGUGACAAUCAAAAGAUACGAGAUGAGGUCGUUGUUCUAUUUGGCGGCGUUAUGCUGUCUCGUUUUGUCAGCCUACGGGAAUCCUAUCUCGCGGCCUGAAGAGGAUAAGGAAGUGGGGAGGCAGGCCGUCGCUCCAGCCGCUGUAGCGCCAGCCGCGUCCGCUGAUGACGACGACGACGACGACGAUGAUGACGAUGACGAUGAUGAUGAUGUUGGUCUUGAUUUGCCAGUAGAUGACGACGAUGAAGACGAUGAUGAAGACGACGAAGAAGAAGCUGAUGAUGAUGAAGACGAUGACUACCUGGAAAGGAUUUUCGAUGAAAUUUUAGGGGGAGACGAAGAUGAUGAUGACGAACCAGCUGUAGCAGCUGUACAGCCUGUAGCAGCCCCAGUGGAUACUGCAGCAGCAGCACCCGUAGCUGCUGUUGCUGAAGAAGCUGCCGCUGCUGCUGAAGACGUCGAAGCAUCAGAAACCGAAACCGUCGCUGAAGGCGAAGAAAACGAGGUGCAAAAGGAUCCCAUUAGUGCUGAGACAGAAGCCGUUGCAGCUAGUUCAGAAGCUGCCGCUGCCACCGAAGCCGAAGACGACGACGACGACGAAGAUGACAUCGACGACGCUCUCGAACCAGAAGAUGAUGAUGAGGAAGACGAGGAAGAAGAUGACGACGAAGAAGACGAUGUCACUGACGCUUUCGGCAGAAAUGUCUCGGCUAAGCACUCACGCGCCUUGAGUGAUGAACCGAACAAGAAGCCUGCUCCUGAGGCUGCGGCGCACAACGAUAUUUUCAAAAGAUAUAACAGAUUCGUAGAUAAUAUCCUGCAGAAGAUGAACGACAUUUUAAGGAAGUCCUACGACCCAGUGAACGUAAAGCUACAGCCGAUAGACGCAAGUAAAAAAAGUAAUAAACCCAAAAAGAACAAACCAAAAUCAAAUAAAAGGAAAACAAACAAAAAGAACACAUCUCGACGAAAUUCGACUAAGAAAAAUAAAGUUAAGUCAACUGAAAUCCCUGAAACUAGAAAAGAAGAAAUUGUAGAAAAUAGCGAUGUUAAGCCUAUCGAAAAUGUCAUUGAGGAAAUUACCAAUGCUACAUCUGAAUCUAGAGCUAUUAAAGACACAAAGGCUAAGCCGACAACUAUUAAAGCUAAACCGCCAACGAAAGCCACUAAACCAAAACCCAAGCCCCCAACAAAGACAACAACAAAGAAACCAGUCACAACAAAGAACAAGACAAAGACAAGUGAAAAAAGCAGACCGAGAGCCAAAGGGACUCUAUACGGAUUAUCUUCUUUGAGGAGAAAGGGAGACGUUUCUGUCAAAAUAGAGGCAGAUCACACGACUGUUAAAAGUAAUUUCGCAGUUGGACCUCUUGUUUUAAGAGUCGAGAAAGAGGUCGGACGUGGAGCUAAGAAAGAGUUGAAAUCUGCCACCGCCACCACGGAGGAGAUGAUCGGGAAAUUGAGUUUCAGAGUUAGUAGCCAGGGUGUCGCCACACUGCAUUCGAUCAAGGUUCUACAGCCGAAACAGGUACGAGUCGUCAGUAAUCACGAGCGCACUCGUGAGUUAGUAUGGCAACGAAGCUCAAGAAUAGCUCACGUCGUCUCUGAAAAGUUGUUGUCCGCAUCUAGACCUAUGUUCAACCAACAUACUGUAGUAAAACAGUAAAUUUUCACACACAUUUUUUCUGAAUUUAAAAUAUUUUUCUAUCUAAAAUGAAUGAAUGAAAAGAGUUAUCGAUUUAGAAUUUAAUUUAUAAUUAUUAAAAAACUUGCAUUUACUAUUUCAUAAUUGGCAUAACACGGUAGUAUUCCUUAGCUUUAGUGAAAUCAACAUUUUGCAUUGUUUACUACAAUAAUGAAAAUUACUGAUUUAUAGACAAUAUUACUGAUUUUCGGUUUGUUGAUUUUCUUGCUAUGGUGUACUACUGCAACUAUUGGGGUGUUUAGAAGAAUAAGAGGUGAUGGUACAAUUACAGAAGAAUACUAUUUGACUGAUUUAUGAAUUUGUUUGUGUAUUAAUUAAGCAAAAAUAAUUUAGUAUUUUAAAUUUAUGAUACUCACUGUGUACUGUAGUCAGAAAAAUGCAUUUAUUACUUUGUAACGAAUGGUGCUAAGUUAUGUGAAUAAUUAUAUUUAUUUAACGAAGAAAAAGGAUGAUUUUCAAUUCUGUCAAUAUUAAGCAAACGCAAGAAGCAAAAAAGCGUACAAAUUAGUUUAUCAACAACAGCACUGCCGACUCAUGCUGGUUCGGUUAAACUACCCACUAAAUAUUAUUUAAAACUUGUAUCAACUAAGUUGUAGAUAUAAACAAAUUGUGGAACAUAAACCAAAAUACCAAUACUCUCUCUCUCAUUGCGGGCUUGGGAAAUAUGAAGAUACAAUUGAAAAAAAUAUUUACUAGUUAAAGACGUUGCUACUGUUUUGACUUCUCUUAGACCCUUAAUUUAAAAUCAUUGUCGAUUUGUCUAGUACAAAAUGACGUCAAUUUAUCAGUUUAUCAUAAGCAAUCAAUAAGUAUAAACUUAUUGAUUGCUUUAAGUAUUGAAGAUUGAGUUAAGUAUAAACUAUAUAAAUGCUGGUAUCAAAUAUGGGGAAAUUUAAUACUCCGAUUAAAAGUAUUCAUUCGAGUCAAUAGUUAUUCAUUGUUUAAGAUAAAUCGACAUUUUAAAUUUUAGCUUUGAAAGUACGGGAUUCAGUAUUUAUUACGCGAUUUAUGUUCUCACACAAAAUUUACAGGUAAAAACGUUGAGACAAAUCUAAUGAGACCAAACUAGAUGAGUUGACGAGUGGCAUAUCAUGAGUUCCAUUCACAGCUUCUAGGUUCACCAUUAGACCAGCUCUUUGGUCUUAUAUUGUUAAGUUUUAUUAAAAAUAGAUGAAAUUUGAAUUUAAUCAUCUCACUAUGACACAUGCAAUUAAAAUUAAUAGAGUGUGUAAAAUGAAAAAUUUCUAAGAAUAAUCUCUGUAAUCAAUAAAUAAUAUACAAAUAAAGUUUU